CGAGUUUCCCUCUAGCCCCGAGCGGGGAGCAGCUCUCAGUACUGAGUGAGGCACCGAACACUUGAGCUAUUUCAGCCACAUGCAAAGCAUCGGAAUUGAGAUCACAGCUCAGAGGACACCAGGCGUCCCUUCCACCUUCUGAGGAGCGUUGUAUUCUUGCAUCUGGCUGCUUGGGACUUUCCUUAGGCAGUAAACAAAUACAUAAAGCAGGGAUAAGACCCCGUGAAUAUGUCGAAACAGCCGGUUUCCAAUGUCAGAGCCAUCCAGGCAAAUAUCAACAUCCCCAUGGGAGCCUUUCGGCCGGGAGCUGGGCAACCCCCCAGAAGAAAAGAGUGUACUCCAGAAACGGAGGAGGGUGCUCCUCCCACCUCGGAUGAGGAGAAGAAGCCAAUUCCAGGAGUGAAGAAAUUUCCAGGACCUGCGGUCAACCUAUCAGAGAUCCAGAAUAUUAAAAGUGAACUGAAGUAUGUCCCCAAAGCUGAGCAGUAGUUGAAAGAAGGUGAGUGAAAAAUUAUUUCCUUCCUCUUAAAAAG